AUGUCGCUGCUGGCUUGGGCCAUUGCGAUUUACGGCUCGAUCUACGGCGUCGCGCAGCAAGGUACUACCAAGUCGCUGCCACAGGUCGUGGCCGUUUGCACUGUCGUCCUCACCAUCAAGGCGUUUGUGCUCGGCCUGCUCGCCGUGCGUGCCCGACUGGCGACGGGUGAGAAAGGAUUCGCCAACAAGACGGAGAGUGCAAACGUGCUUCUGCAGCUGUUCAAGCCACCCUUGAUCGCAUACGAGUGGGCGCCCGCGCUGGCCGGGUCAUCCGCCGUCGAGCGCAUCGAGCGCUGCGUCAACAAUAACAAGGAAUUUGAGCCCUUCCUAAUCGGCCUAAUGUUUGCGGCGAUGGCGGUCGCCAGCCCGGGCGAGGUUAGCAAGAAGGGAGUGGUGCUGGCUGAGGACGAGACGGAGCUCGUGAAGACGCUCGCGAUCAUCGCCACGUACAGCCGCGUGCUCCACACCCUCCUCUUCCUGACCUGGCCGAUCAGCGGCUCCGAACCGCGCACGAUGGCCUUUGACGGAUUCUUCUUCGCCGCGCUCGGCCUGGCGGUGUACACGCUGAAACUGGCAAUGUGAGGCCACAGAGCCUUUCAGCUUAGGCGGGUGACUGAGGGCGAUCGCGCCCGCGGGGCGACGCGCAACACGGUGGCUAGCUACUCGCAAGGCUCGCGGCUCGCUGGCGGUGGCUCCCCGCUCCCCGAUUAGCCUCGUGACGUGUAUUGCCCGGCAGGUGUGCAGGCACGGAAGAGAAUCUAGGUCCAUAUCUACCUAGCUAGCGCGCGCAGGUUCCCGGCACAGACGCUUGCCUGGCCGGUGUCGUGCGGAUGACAGAGAGUUUUGUGUGGGUGUAAAUUUGGAGUCUACUUGGUGGAC